AUGCCUCACUCGAAGGACAUCCCAAAUAGUACCCGUCCUGAGCUGGUCGGUCUCGAGCGUCGAAUGACUCUUGGAGUUGAGGCGUCCACGCGGGUGCCGUGCACCCUCUUUUGCACAUCAGCACGGGACGACUUCAAGCACCUGUGGAACAUGUCCCGCACCCUCCACCUCUACUACCCGACAUGA